UGUCCUGCUGCGCUGACAUUCCUGCUGUCCCGAAUUCGUUUGUUAUUUUAUUGUCAAUUUUCAAGUCAAAUUCGUUCCUUUUGGUCACGUACUCAUCAAAAUUCUUGUUUACAAUUUCAAAUCCAUGAGCUUUGCAUACAGAAUCACAAUAAAAACAUAAAAUUGCACAUUCUGUUGCGAAAUGUCGAUAAAUACAUGAAUAGUGAAUAGCAAAAAUGAAAAAUGGAUGCUUUGUAUAUUUCAAUUCGAAAGCACAUUCUCCCCCUUGCUGCUAGGGUAUUUGUAGCUCGUAGGAAUUAUGCAAGACUAGCAGAAGUUGGAAGAUUAGAGACUCCAAAAGUGUCAGGUAGGUAUGAAACAGGACAGUUGAUAUUGCAUAGAGUAUUUGGCUACAGGGGUGUAGUCUUAUUUCCAUGGUUGGCCAGAGUCUAUGAUAGAGACCUUCCAAAUCGCAGAGAUGGGGAUGAAGAACCAGCAUCUGGAGUUGGAAAGGAAGUUAGAGGCAGGACUCAUACAUUCUAUCAAGUCCUCAUUGACCAAAGAGAUUGCCCAUAUAUUAGGGCUCAAACAGAAGCAGUGACAUUUCUGGGCAACCAGGAAUCCUCUAGAAGUUUGUAUGCCAUACCAGGCCUUGAUUAUGUAGCUCAUGAAGAUAUCAUUCCUUAUGUCAGUGCUGAGAAGGCCCCUUUGAAUCAUGAGUUAUUUGACAAGUUUUUGGCACAUAACCCCAAAGGAGAUCCACCAUUUUCUGCACAAGAAACACUGAAGGCAUGGCAGAACAAAAAUCACCCCUGGCUGGAGUUAUCAGAUGUCCACAAAGAAACUACUGAAAAUAUCCGUGUUACAGUCAUACCCUUCUACAUGGGUUGUAGAGAAUCUCACUCCAGCUCUGUAUACUGGUGGCGCUAUUGCAUCAGGCUGGAAAACUUGGGUUCCCUGAGCGUCCAGCUGAGAGAAAGACACUGGAGGAUAUUCUCCCUUUCCGGCACCCUGGAAACCGUGAGGGGUAGGGGGGUAGUCGGUCAAGAACCUGCGUUGACCAGAACGCUGCCCGCUUUUCAAUAUAGCAGCCACGUCAGUCUGCAAGCGCCCAGCGGACACAUGUGGGGCACUUUUCGCAUGGAACGUGAAGAUGGCUACACUUUCGAUUGCAGAAUCCCUCCAUUUUCGCUCGAAAGCAAACCCGAUAGCGGUGCAGAAGCUUCUCCUCCUGAUACCAUUUAGUGAACACCAUUACGUCUGUAUAUAGACUGAUCUUGUACAUAUAAACUAAUUUAUAAUUAUGCUCAAUCUGCGAAAAAUAAAGUGUUUUCCAACUAA